GGUACAAAUCAGUGAAGAACUAGAGCCAAUGUGAAUCCGUCAGAAAAAUUCUUGACUGACUUCACUUUCUCUCUCGGGCUUUGCAGCCCGGCCACGGCCAUUCUUCUCUUCUCUGGAAUUUCGUUUUUCUCAUAAAAACCGUGUUUCAACUUUUAAAUCUCAAAUCUGAAUCAAAACCAAACAAACAAAUCUUUGCUCUCAAUAAAUCCUAAGGUACCUCUCAUUCUCUCCUUCAAAUCUGUUCUGUUCUUGACAAACAACAUGCCACCUCCUACAUCGCCUCUGAUUUCUGCUUUCUUCUUGCUUGCUCUGUUAACCUUCACCGCCAUUGCCACUCAACAGUUCAAAGAAGCUCCCCAGUUCUACAAUUCUCCAGAUUGUGUUUCCAUUUUUAAUGAUGACCCAGAAGAUUCUGAAGCUUCAGUUUUCUGCUCCAAUCAAGCCGUCCAUGUCGCUAUGACGCUUGAUUCUACCUACAUUCGUGGUUCAAUGGCAGCUGUUCUUUCAGUUCUUCAACAUUCCUCUUGUCCUCAAAAUAUUGCCUUUCAUUUUGUUGCUUCUGGCUCUGCCAACGUCUCUCUUCUACGCGCCACCAUCUCGUCUUCCUUCCCUUAUUUAAAUUUCCGGGUUUAUUCGUUUGAUGACUCUGCCGUCUCUGGACUCAUUUCUACAUCAAUUCGUUCAGCUCUCGACUGCCCUCUAAACUACGCUCGUAGUUAUUUAGCCAAUAUUUUACCUUUAUGCGUAAGACGAGUCGUUUACCUUGACUCGGAUUUAGUCCUGGUGGAUGAUAUAGCCAAACUUGCAGCCACUGAUCUUGGUAAAAACUCUGUCUUGGCUGCUCCAGAAUACUGUAAUGCGAAUUUCACUUCAUAUUUUACACCAUCCUUUUGGUCUAAUCCUUCUCUGUCACUCAUUUUCGCAAACCGUAAAGCUUGCUAUUUUAACACUGGUGUGAUGGUGAUCGAUCUUGAUCGUUGGAGACGAGGUGCUUAUACUGCCAAGAUUGAAGAAUGGAUGGAGCUACAAAAGAGAAUGCGAAUAUACGAACUGGGUUCAUUGCCGCCAUUCUUGUUAGUUUUUGCAGGGAACAUAGUGCCGGUUGAUCAUAGAUGGAAUCAACAUGGACUUGGUGGGGAUAAUUUUAGAGGACUUUGCAGAGAUUUACAUCCGGGUCCCGUUAGUCUUCUACACUGGAGUGGCAAAGGCAAGCCAUGGGCUAGGCUCGAUGCUAACCGGCCAUGUCCCUUGGAUGCGCUCUGGGCUCCUUACGAUCUCUUACAGACCCCAUUUGCUUUGGAUUCUUGAGAAAAUUAUUCAACACUCUUAAAGUUAUGUUUCUCAAAAAGGCUCCAUUGCUCUUGAGCUUUGUAAGCUGGAGAGGGGAAAGUCUUGGUGUCCGAGCUCCCCUCUGUUCAAAUGGUCUAAGUUUGAAGCUUACUCUGAAGAUGAAUCAUGGAAGAAGAAGAAAAGUUUCUUCCUUCUUGUAGAUUAUACAGGUAUCGUAUACAAUCAAAUUGUGUGUAACAAUAAGGAGAAAAUCCACAACCGAAAUCGAGUUCAUGAUAAUUGUAGAGCUAUUAUUAUCAAUUUUCUGUUAUCUAAGUUCACAAAUGAAAUGAAAUAUUUUAAUCCCCUUUUCCAA